AUGGCCCGUCGCUGGAACAAAGAGUCUCCGCGGUGGAGGUCUGCGCUGGUCUUGCUUUUCUUCGCCGGGGUGUACGGAAAUGGUGCUCUUGCAGAACAUUCUGAAAAUGUGCAUAUUUCAGGAAUGUCAACUGCUUGUGGAGAGACUCCAGAACAAGUCCGAGCACCAAGUGGUAUAAUCACGAGCCCAGGCUGGCCUUCCGAAUAUCCUGCCAGAAUCAACUGUAGCUGGUUCAUAAGGGCAAACCCGGGGGAAAUCAUCACCAUAAGUUUUCAGGAUUUUGAUAUUCAAGGGUCCAGAAGAUGCAGUUUGGACUGGUUGACGAUAGAAACAUACAAGAAUAUUGAAAGUUACAGAGCCUGUGGGUCCACAGUCCCGCCACCGUAUAUUUCUUCACAAGACCACAUCUGGAUCAGGUUCCACUCCGAUGACAGCAUCUCUAGAAAGGGUUUCAGACUGGCGUAUUUCUCAGGGAAAUCUGAGGAACCAAACUGUGCUUGUGACCAGUUUCGUUGUGGUAAUGGGAAGUGUAUACCAGCAGCCUGGAAAUGCAACAACAUGGAUGAAUGUGGAGACAGUUCUGAUGAAGAGGUCUGUGCCAAAGAAGCUAAUCCUCCAACAUCUGCUUCUUUCCAGCCCUGUGCUUACAACCAGUUCCAGUGUCUGUCUCGGUUUACCAAAGUUUACACUUGCCUCCCCGAAUCUUUAAAAUGUGAUGGGAACAUUGACUGCCUCGACCUUGGAGAUGAGAUAGACUGUGAUGUGCCAACUUGUGGGCAGUGGUUAAAAUAUUUUUACGGUACUUUUAAUUCUCCCAAUUAUCCAGACUUCUAUCCUCCUGGAAGCAACUGCACCUGGUUAAUAGACACUGGUGAUCAUCGUAAAGUCAUCUUGCGCUUCACUGACUUUAAACUUGAUGGUACUGGUUACGGUGAUUAUGUUAAAAUAUAUGAUGGAUUAGAGGAGAAUCCACACAAGCUUUUGCGUGUGUUAACUGCUUUUGAUUCUCACGCGCCUCUCACAGUUGUGUCUUCUUCUGGGCAGAUAAGGGUACAUUUCUGUGCCGAUAAGGUCAAUGCCGCAAGGGGAUUUAAUGCUACUUACCAAGUAGAUGGCUUCUGUCUGCCAUGGGAAAUACCCUGUGGGGGGAACUGGGGGUGCUACACAGAGCAGCAGCGUUGUGAUGGAUAUUGGCAUUGCCCAAAUGGAAGGGAUGAAGUCAACUGUACCAUGUGCCAAAAGGAAGAGUUUCCGUGUUCCCGAAACGGUGUCUGUUACCCUCGUUCUGAUCGCUGCAACUACCAGAAUCAUUGCCCAAAUGGCUCCGAUGAGAAAAACUGCUUUUUUUGCCAGCCAGGAAACUUCCAUUGUAAAAACAACCGUUGUGUGUUUGAAAGUUGGGUGUGUGACUCUCAGGACGAUUGCGGCGAUGGCAGCGAUGAGGAGAAUUGCCCGGUGAUUGUGCCCACCCGAGUCAUAACUGCAGCCGUCAUAGGGAGCCUCAUCUGUGGCCUGUUACUGGUCAUUGCGUUGGGAUGUACCUGUAAGCUUUAUUCUCUGAGGAUGUUUGAACGAAGAUCAUUUGAAACACAGUUGUCAAGAGUGGAAGCAGAAUUGUUGAGAAGAGAAGCUCCUCCCUCUUAUGGACAAUUGAUUGCUCAGGGUUUAAUUCCACCAGUUGAAGAUUUUCCCGUUUGUUCACCUAAUCAAGCUUCUGUUUUGGAAAACCUGAGGCUUGCUGUACGAUCUCAGCUUGGAUUUACUUCAAUCAGGCUUCCUAUGGCAGGAAGAUCCAGCAAUAUCUGGAAUCGUAUUUUUAAUUUUGCAAGAUCACGCCAUUCAGGGUCAUUGGCUCUGGUCUCAGCAGAUGGAGAUGAGGUUGUCCCUAGUCAGAGUACCAGCAGAGAACCUGAAAGAAGUCAUACUCACAGAAGUUUGUUUUCCGUGGAGUCUGACGACACAGACACAGAAAAUGAGAGAAGAGAUACGGCAGGAGCAUCUGGUGGGGUUGCAGCUCCUUUGCCCCAAAAAGUCCCUCCCACAACAGCUGUAGAAGCAACAGUGGGAGCAAGUGGAAGCUCCUCAACUCAGAGUACCCGAGGUGGUCACACAGAUCCUGGACGGGAUGUGACAAGUGUGGAUCCACCAAGUGUGAGUCCAGCACGUCACCAGCUCACAAGCGCGCUCAGUCGUGUGACUCAGGGGCUGCGCUGGGUACGUUUCACACUAGGGCGGUCAAGCUCCGUAAGUCAGAACCAGAGCCCUUUGAGACAGCUUGAUACUGGGGUAAAUGGAAGAGAAGAAGAUGAUGAUGUCGAAAUGCUAAUUCCAGUUUCUGAAGGAGCGCCAGACUUUGAUGUGAAUGACUGCUCCAGACCCCUUCUCGAUCUUGCCUCCGAUCAAGGGCAGGGGUUCAGACAGCCUUAUAGCACGACAAACCCUGGAGUGAGGGCAAGUAAUCGUGAUGGCCCCUGUGAGCGCUGUGGUAUUGUCCACACUGCCCGGAUACCGGACACCUGCAUAGAAGCAACGCUGAAAAAUGAAACGAGUGAUGACGAAGCUUUGUUACUCUGUUAGGUACGAGUCCCACCAGGGAGACUGGAUUCAAGUCGGAGCAAUAUCCAUUCAUUGUUUUGUUAACUUUACAGUUAAACUAGUUUUAAUUUAAAAAGAAAAAAGAUGCAGGGUGACUUAUUAUCAUAUAUUAGCCUGCAUGGUUAAAUUAAACAACUGUAACUCUAUGAACUUUAGAGUUUACCGUUCUAGCAGCUAAAAGUGCAUUAUGUAUACAUGUUGUUCAGUAAUGUUCUUCCAUUUGUUUCUAAUUGUUUUCAUCCUGGUACUGUAGUUCACAGUAGAGAUAUGGCUGCUCAAACUCAUUUGACUGUCAGUUUAUCUAUCCUAUGUUAAAAUGUUUCUUUGUACAAAAUAAUACCUUCUUUUAAUUAAACCCUUUAUGCUUUUGCCAAUACAUCUUGUAACUUAAAAUACUAGAUGUUAAGGUUGUUAAUAUAAAAAGAAAAAAGCCCUUAUACUCACCUGUUUUUAUUUAUAUAACAUGUCUAAAUAGUAUUGGAUUUCAUCAUGAUAUGAGCUUGUCAAGGGAAAAACCUUGUCUAAAAUUUUUUCUUUUAUGUUUAACAUGCAGUGAUGUGAAAUUUAGUUAGACUUAGAUAAAUUAAUGGCAAAAACAAAACUUUUAUAGAUUUUCUAAUGUUGACUUUAAUACUCAAAUAUGAUACAAACCAAAUGGUAAAAAUCCCAAGUCAUUUCUUUUUUCAUCUCUAUUUAAGGACAGAAUUAAGCAAAUGAAGAUGUUCUACUAUGCAUUAAAUCUUGAACUUUAUACGAUAUGUACAAAAAUUGUACAAGAUAUGUUCCAGCUGGUAAUAUCUUUCCCUGAUACAGGGUUAUGCUUCUAUUGGACCCUAGGGAUUUGCACUAAAAUUAUAUCAAGGUCUCAGAUGAGUUUAGUGUACAAGCACUAUCACUUUAAAUACUAUUAUUUGCUAUCAUAAUGACUAUAUAUUUCCAUAGCUUUUUGGGGGGUGAGGGUGGCAUUUUUAUUACAACUUGAAGUUGCUUUGCUGGUUUCAUAUUUAUUUGUUGUAUUUAAAGAUUGCAUUAUUGUAAGUAAGUGACUUUUUUCAAUAAAUUUUAUUCACAGGGAGGAUCAUGCUACAUGUUGAAAAGCAAAUUAAAUCAUUCAUAUCACCUCCCUUUUUUAAGUAAAGUGAAUUGCAAAACCCCACAUAUUUUUUUAUUAUCAGUUCCCAUUUAUUUAUUCUUUAGCUGUCUGUUUGAAUAGCUUAAUGAUUGAGUAUGAAAAAUGUAUUUGUGUGUGAUUAUUGCUAUUUAUUAAAUUUUAAAUACUUUGCUGAAUGUCAUUUUAAAGCAUGUUUGAGGUCUUGUGUAUUUGUCGUGUUAUGCUGUCAGGAAGAACUGACUGAAAUGUUUUAAUAUGUAUCAGAAAUUAAAAUGACUUUUUUUUUUGUAUUGCCUUGAGGUACUUUUUAAA